GUUGGUGGGACGUGUGCCAAGAAUCCCGUCGUUGUACGUCAGUUAUGAAAGUCAAGAUGGAUGAUAUACUUGACAAGAUGAUCUCCAUCCGGCCUGACUUGCACAGGUCGUCGUUCGAAGUAGGUGGUGGUAUCGAUAACACUGCGAGUACAAAAAAGAGGAAGCCGCCUACAUUUAAACAUCUGUUUAGUGGUAAUACUAAACUUCAUAAGAAUCUCCGGAGAGGUGUAUACCUUUCCUGUCUCCUAUACCACGAAGACAAAGUUUUAGUUUCUAACGAGGACUAUUUGCCUGUAGUAGAGAUUGAUGACACUUACCCAAAAGAAAUGCUCAAUGAUUUCCAUUGGUUUUAUAAAGUAGCUUUCGCAUGGAAAGAUCUCAAAUGGCUUAAAGAUGAUUUGGAAAAGUCUACCAACAGUUCGUUCAGUUUUAGAACAAAAAUUAUUCAGGCCGUUAUUCAAAUGCAAGAUGUAUUAAACUCACAAAACUUAGGUAAAGUUUACUAUAAGCCGAUUCGAGAUUCGGACGGCACGACUGUGAUAUGUAUGGUAAGCAACGUAAGUCAGCCGAAAAAUAUUGUUAAUCUUAAAUGGACACCUAUGACAAAAAUCUUAAAAAAAUCUUCUCGCUCUGAGAACUUAACAGAUUUAUUGAUUUCAUCGAUUCAAGAUCAAAUCAUGUUUCAUCAGACCAGCUGUAACCGGUUACCAAAAGGUUUAUAUGUUGGUUAUUUGCUAAUGAGGAGCUCGGUAGACAUGUUGCAUGUUAUGGUACCAUCACAGAAUCCUAAUAUGCCAGCUUGUUGCAAAGUCCGAGAUAACCCACAUGUCACUGCAGAAGAGUGGUUAUGGUUAAGACAAGGUAUCAGUAGCGGUUCUUGUGAAACGAAGUGUUUAGGGUUCAUGUCUCAAUUCAAAAUGGCCACAAACCGUUUAUAUUCACUUGUGCAAAUUCCGAAAGAUAAACGUUCUGUGCAACGCAUUUACACGAGUGAAGUAAUUGAGGUUGACCGUGAUGUGAGUUUGAUUAUGAUCGUGCCACCUGCAGAAGUAGCUUGCGCUGUGGGUGAGAGUAGUCAUUCGGCUCUUCACUUACAACGUACCGAAUUAGUUCCACUCACCGUUCAAGUAUUUGAGAUGAUACACUUUGGAACUUACCGUGCCAAUACACUAUUGCUUUACGCUCGACUAUCUAGUGUCGUACAAAUGGAUACCGACGACGCACGGUAUUCUAUACGACAAGCAUGGAGUUCUUCGGAUUUAGAAGCGGCCAAACUGCGCUUAGAUACCGUGGAAACAUUAGAAACACGUUUGAACGCUGCUUGGAAACAUCUGCGUUGGCUGUUAGAUGUAAUGAACUUUGCACGAGAACGGCUAUUCACCUCUCAAAUGUCUAAUACUAACUAUUCCAAGAGUGCUAGCAAUAGUCAGUUAGAAAUGAAAUCAGUCAAGAGC